AUGGGCCUGGAGUUGGGCAGGAAGCCACCCAAGGUAGAGGUCUCCCUGAAACAGAGGGAGCAGCUGAGUCAUCAGGGGAGCGGUGGCUUGGUGUGCCUCCCAGCAGCGAGGCCCCAGGCAGAACCCAAGCUCUCUACGGAGGCUCCAGUAGCGGCACCGUCAGUGCCAAUGUACACAGUGAGGAGGCUCCCAAAGACCUAUCCUCCUCCACCACCACUCUCCAUGAGGCCCGGAUGGCCAGGGGAUCCUCAACCUGUUCCAACAACCAGCGCACAUGGAAGAGACCCACGGAGCAGAUACGUGGAUGUCCUGGGCCAGGAAUGGAAGAACAGCCCCGUGACUAAAUGUGCUGCGGUCCCCAACUGCCCUGCUCAACGACCCGCGGUCCAGAGCGGACCUGCUGCUGAGCCUUUCAUUGUGAGGGCCAAGACCAGCGGAGAGGGCUGGCUUGGCUUUUGCCGUAAGAAGGGGGCACUCCUGCCAGAGGAUUCCUCAAAAUCUAUUGUCUGGGAUCCUAUGCUCAACAGGUGGGUGGAUAUGAGCGUACCACAGGAGGAGAGCAAGCCUCUACCACGUCCCUCACCAAUUGGGAUGCACCCCACUCCACCAAUAGGGAACACAGGCUAUCUGGGGGACUCUGGCAGUCUUCCAAAGGGUAUAAAUAUUCCAGCAGCAGGUCUGUGGAGUGACCCUAACCCCCAGUUGAACCCGGAUGGGAACAUAACUGAGGCCCUCAGCCUGAGUGGCAAACCCGGACCACAGCUGUUCGUUACAGACAUGUAUGCUCUGAUGGCACCGAUGGAAGUUCCAUCUGACGAUUCAGAGAAUUCAGCGUGGUGGAAUGGGAACCUUUCCUAAAAUGCCAUGCCCAAUUGCCAACCUAAUUCAAGAAUGAUCUAUCAGCUACCAAGCAUGAGAACCAAAACGGCAGUUUUAAUAAAUAAGUAGUAGUA